GCCGGCCGCACAUACGAGUGCGUACUGCGUAGCCGAGUGUCAAGUGACAGCUGUUGCUCGCCGUGCUGAUCAGUAGUGAUCUGCCAUCGGCUGUACGCUCGGGCUGUCGCCUGAGCGAGUUAAAUACGUCUUCCUCUGCCGUUUUUUUCUCCGCUGCACACGCGACGUGUAGAGACACGCCGGUAUGAGGCGAGGCGCCGUUACGCUUCUAUUAGCCCUGCCGUUACUUGUAGGUAUCGCGACGACAGUGGCGUUAGAAAAUGCGACCAUCAAACUCGAUAACGGCACGAUAACAGCUUCCUUAUUGAAUUACCAAGAGAAUGACUCGUUUAAAAAGCGACUAAAUUUACCUCCGUACAGCGGUGUGACAAUCACCGUAACGGACAUUCCGCCGGAUGUUUCGUUUGUUGUGUUGCAAAUUCAUACGUACCAGUACAACGCCACAUUAGCAUAUGACAAAAAGCUGCUCGACAAAGUGUCGAGGGGAAGUUUGUUCGGAUCAAAUAUUGGCCUGUACUUGAAAACACGCAAUGUAAUAGGCCCAGUGCAGGUAUUCCUAACGCACGACAACGUGCACGAUCUCGAUGCUCUGCUCGUGAUCGUGCCGUACGGUCGAACGGCGCCGAUACCGGGCGGAUGUAACAUGGAAUUCGAGAUCGAAAUUGCGCCUUAUCAAAAGCUGCAUAUGGAGAAUGAAAUGAUAAUAGUCGAUACGCAGCCAGCCAUGGCGAUCGCCGCUAGCGGCUCGCCGAUUCCUUGCGAGAAGAACCCGGUGCGGCACAGUAUGUAUCGUCUUCACCUGCCCAAGCAGGACUUCACGCCGGAGACGUACUUCAACGCGAUUGCGAGCAUGCUAACGGUGCGAGAUAUCGUGCGAAAUGGCACCGAGAUACCACCUAUCUCUACGAUUUCGUCUAUGAGACGCAUCUACAGUAUGUACGCUGGCACGGGAUUCGUUUAUGCUGUAGUCGCCACUUACAGGAAUUACUCCUCGGCUUACGUCCCGACCUUCUCGUACGGCUGCAGCUAUCUGCUCUACCCGAAGAGUUGUCAGGUUUUAAAUGAAACAUUCCCAAUGGUGGUUUGCGCGAUCGUCCUGUUCCUGGGUGUCCUCUCAGUCAUUAUAGGACACAGACCUAUUUACGCCUGCGUGGAUCAUUCAUUGCCGAAUCUCGCGAUGGGUGGUUUUAUCGGUUACACCAUAGCGGUGGCUGCCGGCGACCCGGGAACCGCAACUAACGUCCUGAUAGGUUUGACGUCGGCCAUCAUUGCCGCGUGCCUGUCGCUGUGUCAGCGCAUCUCGCGCGGGAUACUCAGCAAGCUAUUGUUCCUGUUGCCCCCCAACUUACCGCUGGCAUUCCUGUGCGGAUGCAUCGCAUACCUCUACGCUCCAGCGUACAUGUUUUGCAUCGUGGAGCACGAGUGGUCGUUCUGGUUGCUCUUCGCGAGCCUGGUGCUCACGGUCGCGUCACUGCUGCUGAUAACGUGCCAGUUGGGCGAGAUAAUCACACGCGCUGUUUUCGGCUCGUACUUUGUCGUCGUCGCGCUCGAUUACUACGUCGGCGGCAACUUGAAAUACAUCAUCAUCAACAUGAUCAGGAGGAUCACCGUGCCUGGCUUUCACUCGGCCUUUGUCUACCCGCCCGUGCAGACCGCAGACCUUGCUCUCAUAGGUCUCUGGAUCGUCCUGAUAAUGAUACGACUGAUUAAAAUGACUUUAGCUCAGAUGAGCGAGCCUUCCAUCAGCGGCGAGAGGCAAGCUUUGCUGGCCAGUUGUGAAAGGAACGAUCGAAUAAAAUAUGCAUAUAUCAAUUACCGCACCUAAAAAUACUUUGCUGAAUCGCGGAAGGAGGGAUGAGUGUUUUUGCGAUAUUCGAAGCGAGUGCGAAUAUUUCGCAGGGGAAAAUGAAGGUAAUUUUAUUGAGAACGGUCUAUUUUAUAUCUUUUAUCCGGCGGAAGCUGGCUGGAAGGAUAACAGAAGACAAUGACGAUUACCUGGUAGAAAAUCGUUCUUGAUAAAAUUACUCAAUCCAUUUUUCCAUCGCGAGAUUCGUCGAAAUGUUUCUAUUCGUCCGAUAUAUUCAUGAGACGUGGAAUAAGAUGGGUAAACGUUGAUCGUCGAAGUAAAAGUUCCUUUUCUGAGUCCUUUGGCAAUUUGCCAACGACGCGCGUCAAGAACAAUUAACAAAGAAUAAUAUGAGAAAGAUGUUCGGUAUAAUUGUAGUCCGAUGAUACAUAUCUUACCUUCUCUCUCUUUCUUCUCACGUAAAUCUGUGAAUGAAAUCGCGCGGCUGCGCGCUGGUUUAUCAUCCAAUUGGUUUGAACGGAUAAAUAAGAGCGUGUAUAAUCAUUUGUAGCGACUCCCCCCCGUUCACUUUCCCUUUUUCUCAUUUACGUUAGUUCAGUUUAUCCGAUAUUUCAGUCAGCGGCGUCAUGCCGUAAAUAUAUGUAUAAAUAUAAAUAUAUGAUGAUAUAUGUACAAUGUCAUGUUAGAUCGUGCCAAAUAUUGAAAUGCGGUAUUCUCGUUAAGUGUAGCGUAAAAUUACGCAAUAAUUUUUGUUUUUUUUUUUUA